CCUAAAAUACACUUUCUAACAUGGGCAAUAAUUCAAAAACGGAAGAUAAAAGUCCUCUCAACAACAAAAGAGGCUUAUAUGGCUUACGCAACAUUAGAAACAUUUGUUACUUGAAUGCUAUAAUUCAAUGUCUUAGCAGUACCAGUCUACUUUUAGAUUAUGUUUUAAACCAGGAAUACGUGAGUGAUAUUCGAAAUCCUGAGACACUUCUGGUGAUUGAAAUGUUCGCAAAUCUGAUACAGGAUAUGUGGAAUGAUCAAACCAUCCCGUCUUGGGCCAUCCAUGUGAGGAAUGUACUUUCAAGAUACAACCGAAGCUUUCUUGAAAACAUCCACCAUGAUGCCCAUGAGCUACUGAGAUAUCUGUUAGCAGCUCUUCAUCAAGAGCUGAAUAGAGCAUCAAGUGAGAAGCGAACUCCUUCAGUCAAAAAGGAACAAGGCUAUGAUGGCUAUGAUGGUAUCAGUUUUGAUGAGGUGUGGCAAAAAUACUUGAAAACAGACAACAGUAAAAUACUUGACAUAUUCGGUGGGCUUUUAAAAUCCACGUUGAAAUGCACUCACUGUGGAUUCUCAUCCACCGUUUACGAACUCUUCUGGGAUCUUUCUUUACCGAUUCCUUUAGAUUCUCCUGAUGACAACCUGGAUAUUAACCACUGCUUGGAAUUGUUCACUAAAGAAGAGGAACUAGAUGGGGAAGAUGAACCUUUCUGCGAAAAAUGUAAAAGAAAACAAACCUGUCUGAAAAGAAUAUUGAUUCAGAAGUUUCCUAAGGUUCUUGUUAUCCACCUGAAGAGAUUUUCCGGAGAUCAAAUGACUCGUAAAAUUAACAGAUUUGUUGACUUUCCCGUUGCUGCACUCAAUAUGGGCCUAUAUUCCACUGAGGCUGAAUCCGAUGAUGUAUUUUAUAAUUUAUAUGGAGUCGUAAACCACAGAGGAACCCCAGAGAUCGGUCACUACACAGCAUUUUGCAAGCAUCCGUAUUUUGGAUCAUGGCACGAUUUCAAUGACGUUUUUGUCACACCAAUGAAUAUUAGCCACAUUGACAAAUCACUCGCAUAUAUUCUAUUUUAUGAAAUUGAAAGCUCUACACAAAGUAUAACAAAUUUGUAAAACA